AUGUCUCUCACAAAGUUAGUGAGCGCAGUGCUCUUGGCCUCCGUCGCAGGACUCGCGGCGGCAGCCGUGACCAUCCUCCCCGGGGGCCAGGCCAAGCCCUACCGCGGCCCGGCGGGCCCCCUCACGGCCGACGCCUUCUACCGCGAGAGCGCCGCCAACGACCUCUUCGACGACUCGGUGCAGGUGCUCAUCGGCUCCGUCGACGACGGCCUGUUCGCCGACCCGGCCGCGGCGCAGCAGAUCCUCCCCUCGUCCGAGAGCUUCGUCCGCGGCACCAUCCGGGCCUGGGCGGAGCACCUGCACCUCGUCGUGCGGCCCGAGGAGGUCUGGUUCAGCGUACUGUCGCAGCUCAACGCCUACAUGGACGCGCACGCGGGCGAGGUCGCGGGCGUGUACGUCAACCACCGCGGCGGCGGCGGGGAGCCCAUGACGCUCGAUGAGUACGACUACUUCCGCCUCAUGGAGGUGUUCAAGCGCGAGAUGGAGCUGCGCGCCAAGGUCCCCUGGUUCUCGGACUGGGCGUUUACGAACCUGACCACGACCAACGCCAACGACUACAUGAACGUGGCCGUGCUCCUGCUGGGCGAGCCGCGGGCCGCUGCGCCUGCCGCCCAGCCCAAGAUCGCCUGUGGCCUGCCGUCCGUCACGCUGGUCGGUGAGCAGUCGGACUGGGCGGACGUGCUGGCCAAGCUGGACCGGUUCGAGGCGUUUGGGCCCGAGGUCGCCGCGUACGGGGCGCGGCUGAGGCCCAUCUUGACGCGGUUUGUCUCAAGCUACACUGAGUCGGAUAGUCCUGAGACACGGAGGUUUUGGAACCAAAUCGUCUCUGCAUCUCCAGCUACCUCCGCUAAUGCUGCAGGAAAUGCCUCCUGUAGCGCAUCCGAGACUCGUGUCUCUGGCUGGAUCACUGGUUUCGUGCACUGGGAUCUCGAGGGAAAGAUCUUGGCCUCCGCAGCUGCGAGUGACUCAGCUGCCGCUACGCCGGAGCUGACGCUGGACGGUACUACCUACCAGACUAUAUCCCUGCAGGAACUUCCCAUCGGCUACGCUCGCGCCCCUUUCCUCUUGCACGACUUCAACGACACUCAGCGGUACGAGGCGUACGUCGUCGCUGGAACAAUGGGCCAACAGAUCUCGACUGGGCCUCCUGAUGGUUACGCCGGGGCGCUUCGGCGAGCUAAUAUGUCCUCUGCCGGAUUCAAUGCGUCGCAGCAUAGCACAUUACAGGCUAUGUCGGCGUGGGCCUUGUAUGGGCCGGCGAACCACAGCGCGCCGGGCCGACCGUGGGUGGAGGGGAGCGAGCUGGUAGACCUGGCUGCUUCAGUACGCAAGAGCGUCAAGAGCAAUUCGACACUGUGUAAUGUAGUGUAG